UGAAUGAAGGGCAAAUCCUUCUGUCUUUUAGUCCACUGCACUCUGUGUCAUUCAUGUGCAACUGCCAAUUCCCUCAUCAUCAUUAUCAUCAUUCCCCACAGUAUCAAUUUCUCUCUCAGCCUUUCAUCAACUCUGAACAUCGCAUUUAAUGAUAUGGCAACUCUUCCACUAUCACUUGCAAUACGGCCAUGCUGUGGAGCCAUCGAAUCAUCUAAAACAACUGCUACCACAAAUUAUAUCUAUAAAUCAAAAGUUACGCAGGCACCUGGGAGAAUAUAUGUGGAAAGAAAACUUGUGUGUGGAGAAGCUUUCAAGAAUGUUGUAAAAACUAAUCGAGAUAUUAAUUUAAGAGUGUUUGCUACCUCGCGAGUUUCUGUUGAGCAAACCGAGCAGAUAUUUACUACGAGUACUGAAGUUGAUGAACUCAAGAAGAUGUCCACUUAUCUGUUUAGGACAGAACUUGGCGGUCUGGUGAAUGUUUUUAUUAGAAAAACAGAUGUCAAACAUGAAGUGAAGAUCGAAGUUUCAUCCUUCCAAUCAAGUAAUGGUGACAAUAGGCUGGUACUCAUUGGGGGUGUGUUCAGAUCUGAUUCAUCAAAUUUCAUUUCUCUGGAAUCUCAACUAUCUAUUCAAGAUGCCAAAACCAAGAUGAUUGAAACCCCAUUUAUGCAGAAUUCUUUUGGUAGAUUUGUAGUUGAAUUGGAGUUUGAGGCAAAACAAUCCCCCCUCUAUCUCUCAUUCUUGCUGAAGUUUCCAUUAGGUUCUGAUUCGGGUGACUCAGAAAUCAGGAGUCAUCUGAAGAGAAGUUUUUGUGUGCCAGUUGGUUUCAAUGCCGGUUCUCCUGCUCCAUUGGGUCUCUCCUUUCCAACUGAUGAUUCCAUCAAUUUUGCUGUUUUUUCAAGGAAUGCAGAAAGUGUUGUUCUAUGCUUGUAUGAUGACAUCAAAGCAGAGGAACCUGCUUUAGAGCUUGAUCUUGAUCCCUAUGUCAAUCGGUCAGGUGAUGUGUGGCAUGCUUCAGUGGAACGUUCCUGGAAUUUUGUAGGCUACGGCUAUCGUUGCAAGCAGGCUCUUAGUCAGGGAAACACGUCUAAGUUUGAUGCAGAGCGUGUCCUUUUGGAUCCAUAUGCUAAAGUUAUUCUGAAUUCGAUCCCUAGUCGUUGUAAGUCAGGAUUGCUUUUAACGUACCUUGGACAACCAUGCAAGACACCUGCUUUUGACUGGGAUGGUGAUGUUCGUUUGAACUUACCAAUGGAAAAGCUAAUGAUUUAUCGGUUGAACGUGAAUCUUUUUACAAAGCACAAGUCUAGUCAGCUACCAACUGAAAUAGCUGGGACCUUCUCUGGUUUAACUGAGAAGAUACACCAUUUGAUAGAUCUUGGCUUGAAUGCAGUUUUAUUAGAGCCAAUAUUUCCAUUUGAUGAACAAAAAGGACCAUACUUCCCGUAUCAUUUCUUCUCACCGAUGCCGUUACAUGGGCCUUCUGGUGAUUGUAUAUCUGCAAUUAAUUCUAUGAAGGAAAUGGUGAAGAAGUUGCAUGCCAAUGGAAUAGAGGUUUUACUGGAAGUUGUCUAUACCCAUACUGCUGAUGCUGUAGCAUUGCAAGGAAUAGAUAAUUUAUCCUAUUACUAUGGGAAAGAGGUUGAAGACUUGGAAACUAGGAAUGCCUUGAAAUGUAAUUAUUCCUUAGUUCAGCAGCUGAUUUUGGAUAGUCUGAGGUAUUGGGUGACUGAGUUUCAUAUAGAUGGUUUCUGUUUCAUAAAUGCUUCCUCUAUGUUGAGAGGUAUUCACGGUGAGUAUUUGUCUCGCCCUCCUUUGGUUGAAGCAAUUGCAUUCGAUCCCCUUCUCUCAAAGGUGAAAAUAAUUGCAGAUUACUGGGAUCCCUGCGAUUUGGUAUCAAACGAAAUUCAUUUUCCUCAUUGGGCAAGAUGGGCAGAAGUAAAUACAAAAUUCUGCAAUGAUGUGAGGAAUUUUUUGAGAGGUGAGGGUCUUCUCAGCAAUCUUGCAACCCGGCUUUGUGGGAAUGGGGAUGUCUUUUCAGAUGGACGUGGCCCAGCUUAUUCUUUCAAUUUUAUUGCAAGGAACUCUGGACUUCCCCUUGUGGAUUUGGUUAGCUUCAGCAGUGACCAGCUAGCUACAGAAUUAAGUUGGAAUUGUGGGGAAGAAGGACCUACAAAAAGAUCUGCUGUCCUUGAAAGAAGACUUAAACAGAUACGGAAUUUUCUCUUUGUUUUGUAUGUUUCUCUGGGUGCUCCUAUUCUGAACAUGGGGGAUGAAUGUGGCCAAUCAUCCGGAGGCUCCCCUUCAUAUGCUGAUAGGAAACUUUUCAAUUGGAAUGCUCUGGCAACAGAUUUUGCUAUUCAAACCAAACAAUUCAUCUCAUUUUUGAGUUCAUUUAGACAGAAGCGAGGUGACCUCCUUCAGCGCCGAAACUUUCUGAAAGAAGAAAAUAUUAACUGGUAUGGAAGUGACCUGUCUCCUCCAAGAUGGGAAGAUGCAUCCCACAAAUUCCUGGCUGUGAGGUUUAUGGCUGAUAAAUUUGAGAGCCAGUUGAACUCUGAAUCAUCUCAUAUAAAAGGUGACAUAUAUAUGGCCUUCAAUGCAUCAAACCAACCGGAGAAUGUUAGUCUACCACCACCACCGGAAGGGAUGACAUGGUAUCGUUUAGUUGACACAGCUCUUCAAUUCCCAGGGUUUUUCUCAAUUGAGGGUGAACCUGUCCUUGAGCAGGUGGUGGGGUUACACACUUAUGAAAUGAAGCCUUAUAGUUGCACUCUAUUUGAGGCCAGCAGUUCUAGGUAGGCCAAGCAAUGAAAUCUAUGCCAGGUGAUUUUUGUAAUUGUAGGAUUUGAACCUUUACUUUUUACUUCUUGUACAAUAUUAUUAGGAUAAAAGUUGAGAAGCGCAGUGAAUUUUAGAGGUGGCUUGAGAUAAAUAUCACUGCCGCGAACCCAGUGUACAUUUGGUAGUUUGUUUCAAUAAGGCCAUUAUCAGUUUGUUACCUUCAUUAAGAAAAUGCAGAAAUAUCACCCAAUAAAUUAUUUCCAUGUUUA